GCUGUGCGCUCGCUGCUGUAAUGAAAAUUAAAAUUUAAUUGUAAUGUUUGCAGUCGAAUGAGUGCGCUGGGCAUGGGCCCAAUUCACGAUGGUCUGAAGAUGCGCUGGCACCGGUGUUGUUGUUUCACAGCUUGAUUUGCGAUGGGGGUGGACAAGCCGGACAGAUGUUUCUUUCCAACACUAAAAUUGUAUUUCUCCACUAGCCCACAGCUCAUGUCUAGCUCUUGGCGUGUAAAUAUUUCGUGACUUUAAUACUUCGUCUCGUGUUAGCGGAGCAAUGUCGGACAGUGAUCAGCGACAGUACGGUGCGGAGCAGGGGACUGCUCACAAGUACAAUGACUGUGCGAACACCACAGCUGAUCGCUAUCGUAACACGCCUGGUGAAGUACGCGGGUCGCUACCUGAUGCUUCUAGCAGUAAUUGUGAUGUUGGGGUGGAGAAUGACAACACGGGCCAGGAUGAGGUGGAUUUCAUUGAUCCAAGCCGUGACCUACACCGUCACCUGGCCAUACAGAGGCAGUACCCACCGACCAGUGGACUUGCGGCGCACAGUCUCGUCCGUCAGCGUGGCCGCCCGCCAGCCGGCUGCUGCCUUGACGAUGAUGGCCGAGGGUACGUGAUUCGUCAUGACGACCAGCGAGUGCCAUCACCACCACCAAAGCCCAUUGCUGCCAGUAUCCAGUAUUGUACAAACAGUCAUGAUCAGGACAGUGACCGUCUGAGUCACGCCGACAAUCUCUCCACAGAGGAUGAAGAUGAUGACUGUGCACACGACUUUGAUUCAAAGCCAUGCACCAGUGCUGUCUCUCGCAAUGGCAGUGCACUUUCCACGCAGACCAGAUACAUGCCAUCCGAACUCACGCCUCUCCUCAGAUCUACUCCGUCCGUGGAGGUGGCAGCUGAACAGCGGAAGAUCCGUGGCACGCGCUGGAUCCUCUCCCUGGUUGGCUUUCUCGUCUUCACCUUCCUGUACGCGUGUCGUUUCAACGUAAGCGUUGCCAUAGUAGCAAUGGCUGGCAACGUCACCACGUCAGGGGACGAGAACGGCACCAUACGGGGGCCGGAGUUCAAUUGGACCAAGCAGCAGCAAGGCUAUAUCAACUCUGCAUUCUUCUACGGCUACCUGGGUAUGUCGCUGCCGUCUGGUUGGCUGAGUGGUAGCUAUGGUGCACACCGCUGUAUCUCUAUAGGUAUGUUCAUCAACAGUGUCCUGUGUUUGCUGACACCACUAGUUGCUAGAUGGAGCUUUGACGCCCUGAUUGUGCUGCGUGUCCACCAGGGACUUUCCCAGGCAUUUGUGUUUCCAGGAUACCAUGUUCUGCUGAGCAAAUGGGCGCCGAAGAAGAACGUUGGACUGAUUGCUGCCAUCGCCACGUCAGGGUCUAGUUUCGGCGUGAUUCUGGCGUUCACGGCCGGCAGUGCAUUGGAUACGGACGGGUUUGGUCGGCGCGCGGAUUUGAACUACUCUGGCGACAAUUGGCCCUCCAUCUUCUAUGUCUUUGGUGCCGGGUCUCUGCUUGCCACUAUCCUAUGGUUUGCGUUGUGUUAUGAAAGUCCUGCCGUACAUCCCUACAUAACAAUGGAAGAGAGAGUCAUGAUCGAAACCGAUAUUGCCGCCACGGACAGCCAGAAACUGACCGCAUUCACAGUCCUCGAUGUGUUCCCACCGGUCGCCUUUCUACCGGCAUGGAUACGACGGCAUUCAGCUGUGCCAUGGCGAUCAAUCCUGUUGUCGGUGCCGAUGUGGGCGGUUACCUUGGCGAUGGCUGCGUGUGACUUUGGUAAUUACACACUGCUGACGUGCGUACCGACAUUCUACCAUGAAGUACUCGAUAUCAACGUGAUGGAUAGUGGUUUCUUCUCUGCCCUACCCUACCUCAGUCAAUGGCUGAUUAGCAUGUUGUCUGGACUGAUUGUUACCCUACCUAUCUGGUACAAUACUUUCUCCACACUGGCUACACGACGGAUAUUCACCUGCCUGUGUCAUGUUGGCGCGGCAGCGUUCCUGAUCGGAGCGGCAUACAGCCGGGACAAGUCACUAGCACUCGCCAUGGUUACCAUGUCGGCCGGCAGCAUAUCCUUCAUCACCACCGGAGCCUUUCUCAACAUCAUCGACCUGUCGCCGAGAUUCGCCGGCGUUCUCCUCGCGUGGACGAAUUCGUUUGGAGCAAUCGGUGGUAUUAUCGGACCGUACAUAGCUGAUUCACUGACGCCGCACAAGACGGCGAAGGAAUGGCGCAAGGUGUUCUUCAUCACGUCGGGCGUAUUCCUUACCGCCGCUCUUGUCUACACGGCGCUGACCUCCACCGAACGGCAGCGCUGGGCAGAGGGAGAGAUUUUCAACGACGACGACGAAGACAACGAUGACGAACGUGGCAAUGGCGGUGCAGAAUCAAGCCCUGCCUUGAACUAAGACGGCGGAGAUAUGGACAGGAUGGCGGAAAAGCAGAACAUCCGCUAGGAGAACUUGUGCCAGGGUAUUGUAUUUCCGUGACAAUGCAGAAUACUUGAAAGGUUUCUCAGUGCUUCAAACACACUUCUUUUUGUAGUGUGUCUUUAUAUUAACCCUAGGUCCACCCGUUUUAUUUUUAUUUUUAUUCUUAUUUUUCUAGGGAAUCCCAACAGGCGUCAUUGCCUUGCCCUAGGUCAAUUCCUUAGUAGAAGAACAUUGCAAUAAUUUAGUAAAGUGAAGGAGUAAUGGAGUGAUGUCAUGGAGCUCUUCGAAGGUCAAUGGAACAUGGUGAUUUUAUCACAAGACCAUCAAUGUCACGCUGACAUCGUGCACGCUUGCAUACGCAGUGAUGCCACUAAGGCACGAUGACUUAACCGAGGUUACGAUGACGUCAUGCACGCUUGCAUAUGUGGUGACGUCACUGUGACAUCACCAAUGUUACACUGACGUCAUGCACGCUUGUGUUUGUGGUGAUGUCACGAUGACAUCAUUGCAGUAGCCCUCGCAUCACAUGAUUGAACACACGAAACAUGCAGCUGGCUCCAUAUGAUCUACAUCACACAGCGGUAGACUUCAGAGUAUAGAUUCUUAUACCUUUAUAGUAAAGUUGUGAAAUUGGACUUGAUAUUUCUGAUCUCAAAAUAAAAUUUCUUGAUCACAUUGAUAGACACAUGCUAAACAUUAUUUUAAUAGAUCACUUCUAUCUGCAACUAAAUGUUGACUCGCCAGCACUAUAAUUGUACAUGUAUGUGAGUGUAGUAGAAUUGUAGCAAUGAAUACCAGAAACGCUGCGUGCGGAUGGAUAUACUUUUCACGUCACUUGUCAGAAGGAAGUGUGCGUAUUGCUGAACGCAAAGUAUACGAUUUGUUUUGGCAUCUUGAAAUAAUAAUGAUUCUUUUGCAGGCCACUUUCCUCCGGUCUUUUUGUCUUGUUCGGCAUAAAUCUUUGCAACUGCCGGAUACAACGCAUUAAUUGUUAUAAUUUAGUGCUACCUAGGAGAGCAGUUUUACUCAGCAGAUAAUUGUACAGUUGAUUUAUACUUUAAAUUGGCCUCUUUCAAAUUAA